AUGUCGCAGGUGAGGAUGGAAGACUCGACCAACAAGGUCGAACCACCCUCUGACUGGUUCAUCUCCCUGACCGACUUGCGUUCAUCUCAGAUCACCUAUCUCACCCUUACUCAGCUGCUUACGUCAUUCGAGGGGAAGAAGGAUUCGAAAGCGCUCAUCAAUGGCGGCGUUGUAUUGGGAAGGAAGAGCAGUACAGCUGCACCAAAGGAUGGCCGAUUCGAUUCUCCCAUUAUCUCUCGAGCUCACGCUCAGCUCACCCUCACGCCCAAUGGACAUGUAUACGUCACCGACCUCGGUUCAAUGCAUGGUUCUUCUAUCUCAUCAGCAACGCAAUCAACGGUCCCACUCACCAUUCACUCUCCUGUCCAAGUCAUUGAUGGAGAUACGAUCCUGCUUGGUAAAACAGUAACCUCGAACGGAACGAACUAUGAUCCUCUUCGACUCACUGUCUUCUUCAGACACCACGAAUUUGGCGAAGGGUCCACCGCCCAUGGAGGAAGGAAAUCUAUUGGCAAGAUCAAAUCGGAACUUGCACAAAGUAAAUUCGCAGGUGUGAACGAUGAGCCGAAAUUGAGGAAAUUGAUUGCGAAUCUCAAACCAAAUCACGCGGGGACGAGAAUAGCAAGCGCCGCUAUCAUCGCAGCUAUGGCACAAGAUCGCAUUGACCUUCCAGCUUACUUGCCAUCCUCAUCGCAAGAGUCUCCACUCAUUCAAUCUCCCGAUGGUGACGAUGACAAUAUCGAUUUCAAUGCGGACGAUUCGGUCGAGUUCACCUUCGAGAUCAAAUCUUCCCAAGUACGAUCUGGCCCAGGUCUAUCUCCAGAAUCAGCUAUCGAGGUACAAUCGUUGCGAUCACAAUCUCCCAUCUCCGUAAGAUCCGAUACCAACGACUCUGAUCAGGAGAACACUGCACCUGAAGUGAUCCAUCGAUCCAACACGUACAAGAUCCCGCCAUCCAUCCUGUAUAUCAGCGAGGAAGAAGAUCAUGAUUCCCUUCCUAGAGGAUCUUCCGAUUUUGAUCAACAUGAGGCGGAUGAUGAUUCGAUGACAGAUUACGAAGAUCAUGAAGAUGUUGCCGAGGCUCAAGGAGAAGAAGCGGACAUCUUCCCAGAGAAAAUUUCCACUUUAUCAGGCAUGCCAUAUGAAGACGAUCAAAGAUAUGACGACGAUAGUGAGCUAGAGAAUGAAAGUGAGAAUGGUGAACCUGAGGUCAUGGGUGUUAGAGAAGAUGUUGUACAACCUCAACCACCAUUGCAUUCGGCUCCUGCCAAGUCGCCUGCGCCAAGACCAGUAGAUAAUAACGAGUCAAUCAACCCGGACUAUCGAUUCAAUUCGCCUAUCAAUGUACCCAUCAUCACAUCCCCUCUGGGAGGAGAUGAUUCUAUCGAGGAUUACGAUAAGGACGAUGUCUCUAGACACUCUCCACCGUCUUCACCCAAUUAUCGAGCUUGGUACUCCUACAGCUCUGAUGAAGAGGGGGAUAUCCCAGAUCCAGACCUUCUGAUGGGCGGAACAUUGAAUAUCAUAGACUUUGCUCAAUCUCAAGCAGCUAGUUUACCUUCACCUGUCAGUCCCGCCUUGACUCCUAUGAAUGCUACUCUUGUUGCGGUCACCGCUCCCAAGGCUCAAGACCAAAUGCAAGGUGAGGAUGAGGAGGAUCGCUACAGUGACUCACAGGAGGACCAAGAAGAAGAGCACGAAGAAGAGGACUUCAACGAAGAUCAAUCUAUGGUCGAGAACGAUGAGAAUUACUCUGAAGAGGAAGCAGAAGACGAAGGAAUACAAAUGGAAGGUUAUCACCAUGAUGGGUCGUCUGAGCGAUAUGAUGAUUCGAAUUACGAUGAAGACGAAUCUGAGAGAAUGGACUAUAGUGAAGAUGGCAGAAGCUCAGUAUAUGACUCUGACGGUGGUCAAUCGUACGAUGAAGAGAAUGAGUUCUACGAUGAAGAAGAGGAGGAAGAUGACGGGGAAGAUGAGGAAGAGGGGGAUGAUGAUGAUGAGGAUGGAGGUAGUGAAAGGGAAGAAGAAUUUGAGCGAUCUGAGAUCGAUGAUGAUGAUGAUGAGGAUGAGGAUGAGGUCGAGGACGAGGAUGAGAAAGGGGAAGUGUCUCCCAUCGUCAACAACAUCGGUACACCCCAUCGUCCUCAAAUUGAGGUCAGUGUCAAUGUGGACUCCGAUAUUCAAACAUCCCAGCUUGGAAAGAUGGAGCCGCUCGAGAUCGCAUUAGAGAAUGAUCAACCAGCUCAAGAAGCCGAGCAUCACGAACACGCUCUUGAUAGGACUGGUUUAAGCAAAGAGGUCAAAGAGGAAAUGCUGUCUCAACACAAUCAACAAUCCAGUGUAGCUCAAGACCGUCUGGCAUCCUUGCCUACAAGCGCUCGAGAUGUCGAUGAGGAAAUCGAGAGCAACAUUGGUAAAGAUGUCGAUAUUGAAACGUCAUCGGUGGAAGUGGUUGCUGGUUCCGAAGAAGCAGCAGCUCCCACCGUGUCAGAUGGUCAAUUACCAGUUGAAAGACCUCGAACACCUUGUUUCUCAUUCAGCGACGCAUCUUCCGAAGGCCCCAUCACUCCCGAGUCUACGAAGAAACGACCUCUACCAGAAGAUUUCACUAUUGUCGAUCACGAUCAUAUCUCAGAAGGUGGCACAACGACAUCGACAGACAUGCUUGUUCCAUUGCAAGUCAGGGACGCUACCAGGCCGACCAAGAAGAUCAGACGGAUUGGAUCAGCUAUUGGGUAUAUGGCACUUGGAGCCGCUUUGGGAGGUGCCGGUACCGUCUAUGGACUCAUGCAGUUCGCUCCCUAG